AUGAAAAUCUCCUUGCUUUGGAAAGCGCCCGUGGUCAACCCACGUAACCUGAAGGCCGAGUCGAUCCCUAUCUUGAAUCCAUUCAAUAUCUAUGGAAGAAACUUCUUUUUUGCUUGGUUCGGGUUUUUUGUUUGUUUCCUUUCAUGGUUUGCUUUUCCACCAUUGCUUCAUGGUAUGCUGAAGACAGAUCUCAAGCUGACUGCAAUUGAAAUCUCAAACAAUAAUAUCUGUGGGUUGACGGGGACCCUUAUUGGAAGAUUUGUUCUUGGUCCACUUAAUGACAAAUUUGGCCCAAGACUGACUAUGGUUUUUGUGUUAAUUGUUGGUGCCAUUCCAACAGCAUUUGUUCCUUUAGUGAAUAAUGUUUCGGGUCUUCACGCCAUCAGAUUCUUUAUUAGUUUCCUUGGAUCCUCAUUUAUCUGCUGCUCUCAGUUUUGCUCGGUGUAUUUCGACAGCAAUAUCAUUGGAACCGCAAAUGCGAUUGCAGCUGGAUGGGGAAAUGCUGGUGGAGGUGUUGCAUUCUUUGUUAUGCCUGCUAUAUCCGAGGGUCUCAAAAGGAACGGAUACUCGUUACAUCAUUCCUGGUCUUAUGCUUUCGUCAUUGGACCAUUCUUGAUCUUGAUGGCAACUGCCCUGAUGAUUCUGGUUUUUGGAAGCGACUGUCCACGUGGAAAAUGGUCUUCUAGAGGCGAUAUUUUGGGAAUCAAUAUGGAUAACUUGCUUGUGAAAUCCGUUUCCGUCACCAGAAACUUUUCUAAAGAGGGAGAGUUGACCUCUGUCCACGUCGAGCCAGUCAAUAACGGUAUUGACGAGGUUGUCUACAACGAAGGCGAUGACCACGAAAUUGUCGACGUUGAUGACCUUAUCAACAAGGAUGAAAUCAUUGAAGACCCUACCUUAAUGGACGUCUUCAAGAUUUCGAUCUCCCCAAGAACCAUGCUUGUCGCGCUAUGCUAUUUGUGUUCAUUUGGAACUGAAUUAGCUAUUGAGUCUAUCAUUUCAAAUCUCUACGGCCAAAAAAUGAAGUCCUGGUCCACCUCGAAAGCUGGAGCUUGGGGUUCCAUGCUCGGUUUGUUGAAUGUGGUUACCAGACCCGCUGGCGGGAUGAUCUCUGACUUUCUCUACAGACGGUUCAAAACUACAAAGGCAAAGAAGUUCUGGAUGAUCUUCACUGGUUUGAUGCAAGGUAUCUUUCUGAUCUGGAUUGGCUUUGUUCCCCAGCUAUCCAUCGCUGGAUUGAUUGUUGCUGUGUGUUUUAUGUCUAUGUGGUUUGAGAUGGGUAACGGUGCAAACUACGCUUGUGUUCCGAUUAUCAACAAACACCACACAGGUACAGUCAGUGGAGUUACAGGAGCAAUGGGAAAUCUUGGUGGUAUUCUAUUCAGUUUGGUGUUUAGGUACACCAUUUCUGACGGAGUUAAUAACUACUUCCGCGGUUUUUGGAUUAUUGGCAUAGUGUGUGUUGCUGUGAACGCAGUGUGUGCCUUUAUUCCAAUCAGAGAAGAAAAACCAGUGGAGGUGGAAACUAAAUUAUAA